CAGCCGUUUGAAGCAGCAGAGUUUGGAUGAUUCCGAUGACAGUGGAGAUAUCCCAGUAAUCCCAGACCUUGAGGAGGUGCAGGAAGAGGAAUUAGCUCUGCAAAUUGCAGCUCCUCCUAGUGUGCAGGUUAAUCGGGUGAUGACCUAUAGAGACCUGGACAAUGACCUUAUGAGACACGCUGCCUUUCAGACUCUGGAUGGAGACAUUGAUUUAAAACUUCUUACUAAAGUGCUGUCCCCUGAACCUGAAGUGCGAGAGGAAGAUGAGCGCUGGGAAUGGGAUAUGCUCUACACAGAGGUGUCAUCAGAGCUGGCUACAGAAUGGGACCUAGGCAAGACAGAAAAGGAUGAAUCUGCACUACCGACUUGACAUCUAUCUUCACCCUAAUGAAACUCUUACUUUUUAUAUGUAUAAUAUUAAAUAAAAGGAGACCCACAGUUUCUAAUAAAGAA